AUCAAAUUCUUGAUUCUAACGUGUCAUCUAAACUGAAAGUUGUUCACUUUACAAUCUAGAAUGACAAUCGCUGACAGAAAUAAAACCCCCGCAGGUAUUUUAACAUUUAUCUUUUUAUAUAUUUCUCUAGUCGCGUUGCAGAAUUGGGAUCAGUUGAUGGACUGUAAGAGCCAGAAAGAGAGUGACAGAGUGGUGUACCGUACCAUGUGUCAGUGUAUCCAAUACUGAUAUAAUAAUAUUAUUAAUAUGCUAUAGGCCUAACAUUGCGUGUUUUGUUAUCACGUAAAGUAAAGCAAGCCAAAAAAAAAAAUAAAAUAAUCCAAGCAACAACAACAAUUAGCAACAGCAUUUUCUGUUUGAAAAAAACAAAACAACAUAAGGUAAAUAAUAGCUUAAGAAGUGUUUGUUUUUUCCCUUCUAAUUUUUUACUAUUUAUUAUUUCUGCCAACUCUGUUCAUGGUUAUCUUAUUACUAUGAUUAUUCACUGUGGGGUCGUCCAUUAAUUACGUCAGUCAACAAUUUUUGGCAAUUUUGACCCCCCCAACUUUCCAUGCCCCCCCCCCCUAUUUAAUUAUGGCAACAUUUUCUAACCCCCACCCCAACCCACAAAAAAAAAAAAAAGGAAUUAUAUUAUGCAUAAAUUUAUAAAUACAUUUUACUUUGUGCUGAUCUAUUUAAUGACGAUAAAAUUGUAGGAAAAACAUUUUAUUACAUCGUUAGCUUGUUAAUCAACACGUUAAAAAGUAUUUACACUUAAAUUUUAUAAUGCAGAAUCGAUUGAAAGGUUGUUAAAGACUAAAUAUCAAUGUUUGUGCUAUAAAUAUAAUUAUUGUCAGUAAAGCUGACAAUUAUAGUAUAGUGUCUAGCUGCUACCCUUUGCUCUAUCGUAUUGAUGGGCAUCAGGGACAUCAUUUGGGUAGGGCAUGGGGCAUUUGCCCCCACCCCCUAAUUUGGAGGUUUUAUUUAAAUUGCUAUGUACUGUGGCACCUCCAGUAAUAAACAACCUAGCAAGCCGACCAAGUUAUCGACACUCAUAUACCAGACAAGGCAACAUCAUCCUCAUCGAACUAUUCAGUACUUAAAAUAGAAGCAUUGUCAAUUAGCAAUAAUAUAAUUGCCAUAAGCUCUCUAUAUCUUCUUGUAGCUACUCGCAUUGGUCGAACCCUUUUUUGUUGAGGAGCAGGUGCUAAUUUCUUAUGUUUAAGAAGGCACUGUCGGUUCUGUUUUUAACAUGACUUGUGAUGCAAAAUAGAUGUUACAGAUUUUGCUAAUCCGUUCAAGCAGCGAUGUUAUUAUUGUUACUCACUUUACAUUCAUCUAAUUCUCAAAGUAUCGUAUUCCUACUCUAUCGAUAUUCUUUAUCUUGACGGCACAUGACACUUGAACCUUGUCCUUGUUCCUUACCUGCAACAGAAUCUACAGGUGAAGAGAGGCCACAUUUUGACAUCUUUUGGAUUAACAAAGUGUGCUAACAUUCUGACCAGCCAUCUGCAGUGCACAGACACACAUUAAAUAAAUGUUAUAUUGUUAAAAGCCUAAAAAUUAUAUGACUAUUUACACUCAUUUAAACUUAUAUUUUUAAAAAAAUAAUGUAAUAACCAGUAAAUUUUUAUGAUUAAAAUUUUAAUAGAGAAAACAUGAUUGUUGACGCCCCCUCCUUGUCAACAACUGUCAAACAUUUCGACCCCCCCCCCAACCUAUUUUUUUUUGACGUAAUUAUUGGACGCCCCGUUUAUUGUUUCACAUGAUGUAGCCUAGUCGUAUCGAUAAUUGAAUUGUUUUUCUGGAUAUCACAUGAACUUCAUACAAUCUCAGCAUUAACAUUCAGUGUAUUUAUUAUAUAUGUGAAUAUCCCAAUCUUGCCAUAGUAAAAAAAAAAAAGAACAAACACAUGUUAAAGUGAACACAUAAGAAAAUGAUUACAAGCACUUUUAAGAUUCCGCUUUUAAGUUCUUCACGCUUGACGCCAUUCCCAUCAGACACAAGACAUCCAUUCUCACGCUUGACGCCAUUCCCAUCAGACACAAGACAUCCAUUCUCACGCUUGACGCCAUUCCCAUCAGACACAAGACAUCCAUUCUCACGCUUGACGCCAUUCCCAUCAGACACAAGACAUCCAUUCUCACGCUUGACGCCAUUCCCAUCAGACACAAGACAUCCAUUCUCACGCUUGACGCCAUUCCCAUCAGACACAAGACAUCCAUUCUCACGCUUGGCGCCAUUCCCAUCAGACACAAGACAUCCAUUCUCACGCUUGACGCCAUUCCCAUCAGACAUAAGACAUCCAUUCUCACGCUUGACGCCAUUCCCAUCAGACACAAGACAUCCAUUCUCACGCUUGACGCCAUUCCCAUCAGACACAAGACAUCCAUUCUCACGCUUGACGCCAUUCCCAUCAGACACAAGACAUCCAUUCUCACGCUUGACGCCAUCCCCCACCAGACCCAAUACAUCCAUUCUUUUUGUGUCAGCGCCUUUGAAAAGAGUAAUUUUGUAUACCCUUGGACCCAAAAAUUUCAAUUGUCACUUGAGAGUUUGAUAAGCUUUAAAAAAAAAAAUUUGUUUUUUGCAUUCCCUAAAGAGCAAAAAUGGGUGACAAGACGACAGAAACUCUGGACAAAUGGCUGACCAGACUUUUAUCAGGUGGACUCUGUCCAGGUUUGGAAAUGGUAGAUGUCGAGCAGCUCAUAUUCCACAUUCCUUGGAGGAAUGAGAAGCGUGGUGGCCUCAAAGAUGGCGGCAACGACACUAAGUUCCUACGCCUUUGGGCCGAGCAUAAAAAAUAUACGAUCAAAGACGGGGGCAAGGAGGAGAGGAGACAUUGGAAAGAAAAAUUUCGUAACGCUCUGAACAAAUGCAAAGAUCGCGUGACCAAGCUGGAGGAUGACAGGAAGGGUUCCAUGAUCUGUCAGUUUAAAGAUGGCUCCCUCCCACUGGGGAAUGAGACGACGCUUUCGGGGUGUAAGAGAAAAACAGAGAGGAAUUCGUUAGUCUACGAACAAAAUGGCGGCACGAAAACGUUACGAAUUACUGAAGGCGAUAAAAGGACGACAACCUUUGGAAUGGCGUCGUCCAACGACAGAUGCACAGAGUCUUUCAAUCAGUCAAUGACACUUGAUGAAAAUAUAUUUCCUUUUAGCGACACAGCUGAUGAAUUUGUACCCCCUUUCAGCCCACCGAUGCUAACUGAUGAAUAUGCACCUACAUACAGAAAGCCAUUAAUAGCUGAUGAAUAUGCACCUACAUACAGAAUGCCAUUAAUAGCUGACGAAUAUGCACCUACAUACAGAAUGCCAGUAACAGCUGAUGAAUAUGCACCUAAACUCAGAACGCCAGUAGAAAAUGAUGCAAAUGUAUUUCCUUCCAGCCACUCAGCUGAUGAAAAUGCACCACCUUUCAGACAUUCAGUGACAGCUGAUGAAAAUGCACCACCUUUCAGACAUUCAGUGACAGCUGAUGAAAAUGCACCACCUUUCAGACAUUCAGUGACAGCUCAUGAAAAUAUGCCUCGUCAAUCACCGAUGACCAUGCGCACACAAACAGUGAACCACUUCAGUCAGCCGGGGGCAGCUGCCGUCAGUGAAGGUGCGACAGUCUCAAUCGAAGUCAUGUACAAUAAGCACCGAGUAGCUGUCGGAUAUCUAACUCCUAGAUCCACGAGCUGUAGAGUUUUCUCGGACAUUUACGCUCUCCCGGACCCACUAAAAGAAAGAUUUCGGGGCAGCGAAGAAAGCCUAGAAUUGAAACUACCGCCAGUCGAUGGUCUCCCUAAUGUCGUCGGAGAAAUGAAGGAAAAGAUUUGCGAGAUUCUCGAAGACAUGGAACGGGGCGUAAUUGUGACGUGCGCCAACAGAGACACCAUUGUUGUCCAAAGGAAUUGUUCGAUAAGAUGUUUCUUAUUUGAUGGGAUUUCGAAAUCCGAAAGAGUGCCAAGAAGAGAAGGCAGACACGAAGAACCAGUUUUAAUCGAAGCGUUCGAUUUCCAAGAAUUUUACAAAUCCGUUUCAAGUCAUAUGACCAAAAACACUCAAUGUCCUAAGCCGUAUGUCUUUUUAACCAUCGGCCACGAAGCCGAUACCAGUGAUCGCCGUGACCCUCUCUUUAAGGUUCCGGUUUUCAUCAAAAUAACUCACCAGCUGGCCGACAAGUACCUACACAUGGCCCUCGGAUGUGCGGAAUCGAUUCCAAAUCCAAUGUUGUCAGGUUUUACCUCUCUGGACCAUGCGUUGAAUUUUUUGAAUGACGCAGAAAGCACAUCGAAUUCUAACAGGCAUCUCGGUGAGCUCUUUCUCCAAAAGUCUGAUGAAAGUCUAGUACCCUCUGAUUUCAAUGGCAACCUACCACAGGCAAUAAUGGAACGCAAUGCUCCCGGCCAACAGGGCCCUGAUAUGAAGCCGCUCAAUGAUCCACACAGAAAUAUACAGGUCCAACCUGUUGGCGGUGCGAGACAAGUUCCCGGAGAGCUGCAUGUGACGAUAUUUUACGGAGUCCCCCACAAACAAGUCAAAUCUGAGACAAUACAAGCCGGAAGUUGUUGCCGAAUUUUCGCUCCAGAUGUAAGCCUUCCCGUUUUACAAUUUCUCGACGACGCUGGCGACGGGGUUGCUGAUGUGCAGUUACCUCCCGUGAAGACGGUCAACGAUCUGCUGGGCGAGAGCCAGACUAAGCUCAAUGAAAUCCUUACCUAUAUGAAACGGGGCGUGAUCAUCAAGCGUGACUCUGGUGGCAUCUACGUCGAGAGGAGGUGUGUCGUUAGGGUUUUCUCGACCGAUGGCAGGUCCCCAUCCAAACUUCUUACACGAGGGCGGACGUUUGAGAAGGUGUUUGACGGCCAGCAAUUUCUCACGGAGCUGCGCGACCACAUCGGGGAUGAUAGAAAGCCUCGACCACAGGAUGAGGUCAUUUUAACCCUGGGCAAUCCUAUCAAUCCCGAGGAUGAUUUCCCUUUGAGGAAGGUCCUCGCAUACAUCGUAAUUAAAGACACCAGGUCGACACGAGCCAUUCACGAGGCCAUGGCAGCAACCGGUCAGUCGUCGGAGGCCAAGUUUUCUUUGAUGGACUCCAUGGAUGCAGUCACGAAGACCUUCAAAGACCUGAAUCUGAAAGCAUGACUACAGUAAGUUAUUUAAAAGCUCUUGGGAUUUCCCGGAUGUGCUUACCGUUUAAAACUAUACCUGGGGCUAAAAUAUAAAACUAUACGUUUAGAAAGGCCAAUAAACUACAGGCCUGCCUUGAGUUAGAAUACAAAAUUGUACCGUGAGCUACAAUAAAACAAAAAGAUAUCGUAUGAUAGAAUUAAAGGUCAUAUGCUCAGGGAGCAGGCUUGAUAUAUUUAUAUAAAACUAUAUUUUUUGUAAUGUAUCAAACUGUACCUUUAGACAUAAUUUAGCCUAAAACUAUUCAAGAUAUGUAAUAUAAAACUGUACCUUGAAACAGAAUAUAACACUAUACUAUUAUAUAAUGUAUGGUGAUGUUCCAGUCGCACUAAUAAUUCAUAAUGGAUGGAGUGAGUCAUGGGUCUUUCCCCGUACAGAUUAUGACGUCCCGCUUUUAAAGGAGUUUGAAUAUUGCCUUCACGCUUUUAAAGGGGUUUGAAUAGUGGUAUAGUCGUAAAAUAAGCAACGCCACGUAACAAUGCCGCAGACUACACAUAGUAAAAACAUUAAGAUAGGCCUACACAUUACGGUAAAUCAAAGUAACGAAAUUGGACUUGAACAUUGGCAUGGCUUGACUCCCAUGUUAUAGAGUGGCGUGGAUGACCACAGUCAUCGGUGCAAUGACCUCGACAGCCGUGAUAAAUUAUGUCGAAAAAGUAGACAAUGGGGUGGGGGGGGGGUCCUGAGAAUUAGGGGUGGGGGGGAUUCGGGGAAGCUGGAAGGAACGAAAACUAGUUGACGAGGAAAGAUUAGCUUAGUAAUGUUCUAUAGGAAACUGUUUUUCCUAUAGACGUAGUGUAGGAAUUCGAUUUCCAUGGGAUAGGACUAUUUUAAAGCUAGUAAACGAAAAGGUUAUAACCCAUCACAUUAGUGAACCGAAUGAAUUUGUGUGCAUUUACUAAAGAAGCCCCAGGUGUGCAUUUACUAAAGAAGCCCCAGGUGUGCAUUUACUAAAGAAGCCCCAGGUGUGCAUUUACUAAAGAAAGCCCCAGUGCAGUGCAAAGGGGGCACUCGCCCCGGACGUCAACAUCAGAUAGGGUGCAAAAAUCGUUGUUUUUUUUUAGAUAGGAUCUUAAUAGUAAGUUAAACGAUGAAAUCCCAUGAACUUCACAAAGACAAGGGGCGCCAAAAGUGUCUUUUACUUGUUCAAACCGGAAGGAUGUUUUUCUAAACUAUAUACUGCAGGGCGCCCUUUUCAGGCCGGGUGCCGCUUUUCCUCGGCACGGCCCUGCACAGGCCCACAGACAGUGGCGUUGCUAAGGUGGGUGUCACCCAGUGCGGUAAACUGAUGGUGUCAUCCCUAUCCCCCCCCCCCACUUCCGCGAUGAAUUUCUUCUUGUUCAAAUAAGGCCACCUUAUUACACUGUCAGUAACAAAACCAAAUUAAUUGAAUGUUUUUUUCUAAAAUAUAUACUGCAGGGCGCCCUUUUCAGGCCGGGGGCCGUUUUUCCUCGGCCCGGCCCUGCCCAGGCCCACAGACAGUGGCGUUGCCAAGGGGGGUGUCACCCAGUGCGGUAAACUGAUGGUGUCAUCCCUAUCCCCCCCCCCCCCCACUUCCGCGAUGAAUUUCUUCUUGUUCAAAUAAGGCCACAUUAUUACACUGUCAGUAACAAAAACAAAUUAAUUGAAUGUCAGGAGGUAAAUGUAUUUAAGAACUGUAACAUGUACUUAGAAUCGCCCAUUGGUAUCAAUGGAAAGCUUUAUUAUUAAGAAUUUAGAUAAAUACAGCGUCCUGUAACUGAAGAGUUACCGAACACGAGUUUAUCCUGCGUUAAAUCAUGGUGAAAACAGUGUUUUUCUGACCUAUAUAUAUCUGAUCAUCUCAUUUCUGACUCACUUGGAUUGGUUACAUGUGUGGUCAAUUUAAAUAUCGGUUAUCCUUUUAUGAAGUUCGGUUAGACCAAGCAGUGUGUGCUCUGGAAAUGUGCGACUUUUAAAUUUGGUGUCACCCCAUGGAUGGUGCAACCCGGGGCGGUCCCCCCCCCCCCCCCCCCCCCAGCUCAGACACUGCCCACAUUUUAAGAUAAGAGUUUGAAGGAUAAUUAAAUUGAAAAACCGCAUGAAAACCGCCAUGUCUUAAAAAAAAUUCUUUGUUGGGGUUGGGGUGGUGGUGUUUAAAGUUUACGAAACCGGUAGCCGUAGCUUUAUUGAAGCUGAGGCGAAAUCAAAAUUUGUGUGUAUGUAAGUGUAAGGGUGCUAACUUAAUUUAAAUGUAUGUGACAAUUUGUGUGGGAGGGGGCAGGGGUAAAAAAAAUUGCCAAAAAGCACGACGUCAUUUUGAAAAUUUCCCCUAAUUUGUACACGUUUUAAAAAAAAAAAAGACACAUUUUAACUACUUUUAAUAAUAAGUAAGUUAUGACCACAGUCUAUGGUUAUGUCGGUUAAGUAUGACCAUAUUAUCCAUGGUUCAUAUCCAUUUCUGAAAAAGAUUAGACGAUGUUAUGAAAUAUCGGAAAUUUCCAUUUGUUAAAUUUAGAAAAAAAUUAUUUUUCAUAAAAAAAACAACAACAGUAGCACAUUGUUGAACUUUUAAGGCUUAACACUAAAUGUAAUAUUUAAAUUUUUACAACUCUUUAUUUUUUGUUUGUUCAGAAAAUUGUAACAUCGAAUCGGAUUUGAGACCAUUAUUGCCUACUAAUGGGGAAUUUAUUUGGGAAAUUCCUGUUUUAGUAUCGAAGGCAUACUUAGAUAAAAUUUUAGUCUCUCAAUCUGGUAUCGUAAAUUAUAUAUUUACCCAAUCACCUCUAAAAUAUAUUCUACGUUAGUUCUAAAACUUAAGCUAUCUUAUAAACGUUAUUUAAAUAUAUACAAUUAAUUAUUCUGCCAGAUGACUUUUAAUAGUUAAAUUUAUAAAUUCAAAGUCAUUAUGUAAUUAUGAAGUAUCCCCUAAAGUAUUAAGAUCGAAUUUCAUUUACGUGAUGUAUUGAGUUUGAACGAAUACAAAAAACUCAGCACUCAGCACAGAACUCAAGAAAAAGUGAAACCUCACAAAUCUCUAUAUACAUUUUUAAUUUUUACGAGCAUAACUUCAAACUCUAAGUUAUAUCUACCGUCUUAUAAGGUAAUAUUUAUAAUAGUAAUUGGGCUAAAUCUGAGAACGAUUGCCACGGUGUCUUUUGGGUGUUUAUUAUAUUUAUAUAUAUAGUUGCAGUGAAUUUUAGGGUUUAGGUUAGGUUGAUGAGGGAUCGAUUUUCUGAUUUAGGGUUCAGGUUAAGCAUAGGCAUAGGCAUAGGGAUCGAUUUGGGGUUCAGGUUAGGCAAAGGAAUGGAUUUAGCAAUACAUUCGUGAAAUUCGAUAAAAUAGUGGCAUUCGUCCUUAAAAUUUACCGGCUAGGCGGCAUAGGGGUGGGUCGAUUUAGGGUUCAGGUCGGCAUAGGGAUCAAAUUAGUACAUUCAAAAUAGUGGCAUUCGUCCUCAUAAUUUACCAAUAAUUGCUAUUACAGGCCGCCACUGAGGCGUAGAAAAUGGGUGUAGUGACAUUGACAGUCGAGAGAAUUUAUGUCAAAAUGUGGAGACGGGAGUCAUAGAAUUAGGACUACCACGUGAAAUGGGAUGGAACGAAAAAAAAAUGGUUGACCAGGGGGUGGGGGGAUCUUAGUAAAUGCUCCAGGGCAGGGAUUCUUAACCUUUUUCCAGUGCUGCAGACCCACUCCAUUUUAAAUAUUCCCCCAUGCCCCCUAAACCAUACAAAAUAAAAGUUUAAAAUAUGAAAAUAAUAAAAUAAUUUAGUUAUCAUAGUUUUAUUUCUUUAAUUAACUUUUUAUAAUCAAGUAAAAAAUUACCAAUACAAGUAAUGUGCAAUCAAAAUUCACCAGAAAACAUUUACUGCUGCGAAUCAAAAUGCAUAAAAACUAAUAUUUUUUAAAGCAGCAACAACUAGCAAUGGCAGCAAAUACAAUUUUCUGGUAUUCGGCACCUUAGGGAUUGGGGAGGUACUUUAACGCCUUGUUAAGAACCACUGUUUUAGUGAAAUGUCUGACACAGGUGCAGUAAUUUGAUAUCCAUGGGAGGUGAAUUUCUUAAGGGUUUGUAAAGGGCAGUAGUGGACACAGGAAAUUUUUAUAGGGUGAGGGUUGCAGAGAUUUGUGAUGUUAUAUUUGAGGGGGGUCUAACUUUUUGUAUCGAUUUGUGACAAAGGGGGAGGGGGGAUAAAAAAUCUGCAAAAUUUUCGGGACGUCUUAUGGAUGACCCUUAAGAGGGAAAAAAGGUUGUUAUGCAGUAAGCUUCAUGCACGAUGUCCAAAUUCCUGUAAAUAGAUUGAUUUUUUCGUUUAUACAGGAAUUUAAAAAAAAAUGUCCCUGUUUUUUUCUUCUAUCUUUCUUCUGGUUCCAUCCACAACACAGAACUGGGUCAUGGGCCGUCCUUUCACUUCGGGCAUGUUUUUUUGCCAUGACAGCAGCCAUGUAAAAAAUGGGGAGGGAAAUAUGAGACGGUGUGUCACUGUAGAAAAAAACAACAACAUUUUUUAAAAUUUUCAAACAAAACAUUUAGUGAUACAUUAUGUCCAUAGCAAAUUUAUUGUAUCCAUCUAGAUAUUGGGCAAGAAGUGUUAACAACCUGUGGAAGCCCCCUUGCCUGACAUAAUAUUAGCUGGUACAUUAAUUUCACGGGUAAUGUUACUCCUAAAUAUGAGGCAAGAGUGGUCAAAGACCUAACGUAAUUUCAGUUGGUGCAUUAAUUUCCCUUCCCUCAAGUAUUACUAAAACACAUGUGCUAUAGUUAAACUCUGUGGUGAGAAACGCUUGAAAAUAAAGAAAAAGAAUACACAAUUUGUUUAAAAUAUUCAAAAUAAUGAAAAUUUAAUUUACAGUUUCAUCGAAUACACUUUUACACAAUUCAUUAAAGAUACAACCGAAUUUAAAAUCCAAGAGAUGUCAGAGUGGUCUAAAUCCAUUUUUAAAAUUAUCAGAUGGUCAGACCAUCAAAAUAGCCUUGUUUUGAAAUAUUACAAUUAACCACGUGAUAAAAUAUUAAGUUUAAAAUGUCAUCAAUUAAAAGACAUUCCAUCUGCUUAAAAAAAAAAGAAGAAAAGUUAACUCUAGUAACCAUAAAGCGUAAGCUAGCAUCAUCAUUCUACAUGCAAAAUAUGUGUAUUAAUGUAUAGAUUUUUGAGAGGUGAAUGCCUAAAUUUAGCCUUUGGCAUAUUCUUGAACCUAAGUCCUAACAGCUGAAACAUUUGGCUAAGUCAGCUUAGAUUCUGAUUAAAAUAAUUUGUUUAAAACUGUAGGUUGAAACAGGGUUCUUAACCGUUUGAAGCAAUUUUCCCCUGAAGUUUCCUCCAAAUGUCUUUUUAAAUACCACAGCUGUAAUGAUCAAGAAAAAUAUGAAGCAAAUUCAUGUCUUAGCUGUCUUUACUUAUAAAUUGAUUAGUAUUUCAUUCUAUUUUGUGAACUUUCAACUUUAAUAUAAGAAUUUUUUUUUUUACAUUAGGUAAUCAUGGGGGAAAGCAAUGGACUGCGUCUGGAAAACUGGCUUAAAAAAUUACUCAGAGAUAAAAUAGUUCCAGGGUUGGUGUGGAUAAAUGAAACUGAAGAGACAUUCAAAAUACCCUGGUCAAAUCAAAAGAGUAGUGACUGGAAGCCUGACCAAGAGGAUUCCAAAGUUCUUGUAGAGUGGGCAAAGCACAAGUAUGAUUUUAAAAUAGGACAGAAAGAAGAUCUUCCUAGAUGGAAAACAAAUUUGCGCUGUGCUAUCAACAAGUCCCCAAAUAUUGAGAGGCUAAAAAACCAAGACACGAAACUUCACAUGACAUGUAAGUUUGUGAAACAGGCAAACACCAUAAAUGAUUCUCCAGCGAGCUCAUCUAGUCAAAACAGUAAUGGAUAUUACUCAUGUUUUGAAAACAGUAGUGAAUAUAACUAUUAUGUUGAAACUCCGGAUGAGAUGAUCACAGACGUGGGGCAAGACUUUCUUCUAGACUCACCACCUGAGACCACUGAAUCUUUGUUACCAACUUUUCUGCAGGUUUCUGAAAUGCUCUCAUUUGAGGGAAUGCCAGAAUCCAACAGCAAUAGCUUAGCUGCUGAUGAUGAUAUUAUGGAAAGUGAGAAUCAACGCCUCACAAAUCAAAUAGUAGAAUCACUAGAUUAUUUAACUGCAGAGCUACCACAAACUGCUAACAUAGACUCAAAUUCAGCUCUUUAUGCAAUGCAAGAAUUUCCUCCAGAUGGCGAUAGAGUAUUUGCUACUGCUUUGUCAGCUGAGCCUGCCACAAAAUCCACUGAACCUGCCGCUCAAUUAACUGAGCACGGCACUCAAUCACCUGAGCCUGCUGCACCAUCUGCUAAGGCUGCUGAGAAAGCCACUCCGAUCUUCAUACUUGAGGUGGGGUACGAUGUACCACAACGGCCAGUCAUGAGCAUAUCCAUCUUCCCAACAACUCCAAGAUGCAGAAUAUUUUCUGGACAUUUUUUACGCAGAGCCAUAUUCAAUGAAGUUAUUCCACCAGACAAGGAGGAAUUAGAGGUAGAGUUAUGCUCUGUGGAAAAUUUACCAGAUCUGCAAGAAAAGAAUAAACCAAAAAUCUCUGACAUCUUAGGCAAAUUUGAGAGAGGCGUGGGGCUUUAUUAUGAUGGAAAUAAUGAUAUUUGGGCAGAGCGCAGAAGUGCAAUUAAAAUUUAUUAUUCGGAUGAACUCAGCUUUUCUGAACCUUUGCCUCGGAAGAAGCUGAGCGAUUCUAGUUAUGACAACUACAUCAAGAUUUUUGAUUAUAGUCAAUUUCUCCAAGGUCUUACUGUGUAUUAUCAGCGUCAGGAUCGAAGCCAUUUUUGCCCUAAAGAUUAUGUACUUUUAACCCUGGGUCAUGAAUGCGAACUGAAUGUUCCAAGCCCAUUAAGAAAGGUACUAGUACACAUUAAAGUACGUCACAUACAAGCCACAAAAACUCUUAUAGAUUUAUCUGGGGGUGAGGGAGCAUCGUCUAAUCCCAACUCCAUGUACUCCCUUCCAGACUCCUUGGACAAAGCUAUUUCAGGCAUGGGUCAAUUGGUCCUUAACCAACAAAAUGAUUCAAUUAAUGGUGUCUCAUGAUUUCUUAAAAUAAGUUUUCCAUUUUCCUUGAAAAUUAUACACCUUAAACUACCAAGAAAACUUGCAAUUUACCACAAAUUCCUUUACUUACCCCACUGAAAUUCUUAAAAGUCUUGAAACCUUCAGCCAUUGGGUCCCCUGAACUAAUUUGUCAGAAAUUAUCAAUAACUCAUGUUCACCUUGAUGUAUCUCAUUUGAGACUGGUAUGAAUGUUCAAAUGGCUGCUUAAUUUAUGAAAAAAAUGUUCAGUGUAAUUUGUUAACAUUAAUUUGUAUUGAAAUAAGGUAUAAACCCUGAUGUUAAUUGCCUGUAAGAUAUUUAAACUUAAUUGAAAAGAAAUUUUGAUUUCAAUGCAAUAUUUAGAUGUGUAAUUUGUUAGGACUACAUUCCAUUGCAAGUAGGGUAGGCCCACUUUCAGAUUAUUUAGAUUGUACUGCAAUAAUUAAGAAUGUUUGUAAAAUAUAAACAGUUAAAGAGUUAAUGAAGUGGAAUAAUUUAAAAUCUAUUGACAUAAAAAUAUUGUGAUAACAUUGUAUAUUACAAAUUUAAGCUCAUAAUAUAUUUAAAAAAUAAUUUGUCAUUGUUAUUUAAAGACUUUUAUCUGUCAUGACAAGAGACUUUUUAUAUCAUCAUUUGAUAUCUGAAAUUCCAAGAGAAUUUUGAAGUCUUUUCAAAUAGUUCAAAACUGUAACUUGUGUUUAGUUAUCUGUAUGACACCAUAUGAUACAUUUUUAUUAAACUAUGUAAUUUUAUUUAAAGCAUUCAUAAUGCUAUUAUUAAUUGCAUUUUCUAGUAGAAAAAUGUUACAUUAUCUUAAAUUUGUAUAAGUUUUGGAUUUACACAAAGUAAAGCCAGUGUAGAAUAUUUAUUGGUUAACCUGUUAUUUAAUUUUAAAUCCCAUUUUUAAUAAAUAAAUGUACCCGGUACUUAAAUAUUUUAAUACUUUUUUUAUUAAAGAUUCGUCUCCAGUGUAAUGUAUUUUAUCGAAAAAAAUUAAGAUUAACUAAAUUAAAAUUGAUACUAUUUAUAAUCAAAUCAUUAUUGCUUUACAACAUUUAGUGAUAUUUCUUAUCAUUAAAUCCUACAUAAUACGUUGUAUUUUAAAAUAUUACAUAUAAUUAUAAUAAUUUCAUUUCAUGAUUAGGAAAAACUAUUAAAUGUAUUGGCUCCCCUUUGACAGUUCAAGAACUGUGUGACAAGGAUAGAUGAGAAUAAUAUUUACUAGUUUCUUAUAAACUUGGAUAAUAAAACUUUAAAAAAAAAAAAAUGUUGAUUAAGGAUUGACAAGGUAAACAACUUAAAAUUUGCUAUUUCAGAAUACGUAUAUUACUAGAUUAUCUCCCGCAAUUUUAAAUUCAUAGUACCGGUAUGUAACUGACUUGUUUUAUUAGUGUCUAUUUCUGGAUGGAAGUUUUCUUAAUUUGCCGAUUUGGAUUAACAUAGUUGGUUAUAAAUUAUAAACCGCUUAUUUACGGUAGCUAAAGAGAUUAAUGGGGGACAGAUUAACCGAAAUAUGGAAACAACGUUUUGAUAAUUGAUGGUUUAUAAGCUAUUGCUGUAAAUGGAAAUGUAAGUAUUUUGAUGAAGACAUUGUAUAAUCCAAAUAAAGAAAAUUU